ACAGCGAGUAAAGGUUUUUUAUCACAUUCGUCUUAAACAAUAUCUUGAAAUAUAAUAAAAAUAUGUUGUUAUUCAAAACCUUGUGUACACAGCCUUAAACAAGUUGUUGAUAGCCUUCCCUCAGUGUGUUACGGUCCGCCGCCUCCAUCGGUCGUCCAAGUUUGUUGUGAACGCUACAGGUUAUACGCUCGUGUAGUGUUUAAUUGCACAGUAAAACUCCCAUUUCAACAGGCAACUCGUCGACGCGCCAUGGCUGGCGGAACGACCGGCGCGCUGCUCUAUGCAGUGAGUGCUGCCGUACUGGGCAUGCUGCAGUUCGGCUUCAACACCGGCGUCAUCAACUCCCCGCGGACCUUCAUUGAAAACUUCAUCAAAGAACAGUAUGAAGCCUCGCCUAGUCUCGUAUUUAGUAUAAUUGUCAGCAUUUUCGCUGUCGGCGGUAUGAUCGGCUGUCCUCUCGCCAGCUGGCUCUCUGAGAAACAAGGGCGCAAAGGCGCUCUUUUUUUCAACGCUAUCAUAGGCGUUAUAGGCGCCUUACUCAUGGGCUUCAGCAAAAUUUCAUCAUCUGUAGAAAUGCUCAUCAUCGGUAGGUUCGUCAUUGGUAUCAAUUGUGGAUUCGCUACGACAGUUUCACCAACUUACGUCUCCGAAGUUGCGCCUUUAAGGUUACGAGGUGCAUUCGGUACAGUCAACCAGUUAGCUGUAGCAUUUGGUAUGGUCGGUGGACAGAUAUUGGGAAUAGGCGCUAUACUCGGCAGUGACGAAGGUUGGCCGUGGCUUCUCGGAUUGGCCGUAAUACCAUCGGCGUUACAAUGCUUGAUGUUGCCGUUCGCCCCUGAAUCCCCCAGAUAUCUAUUGCUCGCAGUCCGCGAUGAAGAGAAAGCGAGGAUAGCUCUUACAAAGAUAAGAGGAACGGAACAGAUUAAUGACGAAAUAAAUGACAUGCACGUGGAAGAUCAGGCAGCUAGACAAGAAGCACAGUUUUCGAUUCCCGACUUAUUCAGUAUCAAGGCUCUGCGUACGCCUUUAAUAAUCGGUGUUGUGAUGCAUCUUUCUCAGCAGUUGGGUGGUAUUAACGCAGUUUUAUAUUACUCGACAACCAUUUUCAUAAGAGCUGGUCUCGAGGAGGAACAAGCCCGCCUAGCGUCCAUCGGCGUGGGCAGCAUUCUGUUUGUGAUGGCGUUGGUGUCUAUUCCUCUGAUUGACCGCUUGGGUAGACGAACACUGCAAUUGUGUGGUCUCGGUGGCAUGGUCGUGUUCUCUGUUCUGAUGACGGUUGCUUUCUUCACUUACGAAAAUAAUACAACGAUGAGUAUUUUCGCUGUUAUCUUCACAUUCCUAUACGUAGCGUUCUUUGGCGUUGGUCCGAGUUCGAUUCCCUGGAUGAUUCUGUCCGAGUUGUUCGGUCAGGGCGCUCGGAGCGCGGCAGUCAGUGUGGGGGCGUUAGUCAACUGGUUCGCAAACUUUAUCGUGGGUUUAACUUUCAUACCGAUGUCUGAAGCGUUGGGUAACUACGUUUUCUUGCCAUACACAGUUCUAUUAAUCUUGUUCUUUGCGUUCACGUACUUUAAAUUGCCCGAAACAAAGAACAGGACGAUUGAGGAAGUGACAGCUCUCUUUAAGAAAUAACCUCGUCUCGACCCUAUAGACUUAAGGCACAUUCCUUAGAUUUAAGUAUAAGUAUAGGCAAUAAGUAUACACUACGAAUUGUGAUAAUAUCUUAUUUUGUUAUGGUUUAUUUGAAAUUAUAACUAUAAAUAGGCCACAAGUUUAUAAAAAUAUUGUAAACUUGAAAAUAAAGUAUAUGCAGCUAGCAGUGUAGGUUUCACAUAAAUUUAGAAGACUGAACACCUCACUUAUAAUGAUAUUGCCUACUUGAUAUUUCUAAUUGAAGUACUUACUAAGAAGUAAUGUUUUAAAAUAUUCAUGUUAAAUUAUUAUAGGAACAUUAGACCUUUUUAAAGAUAUAGAAUUUAUUCUCACUACCUAUAUGAUAAUAAGUAACUAUGAUUAUAUAAAAAGGAUACAAACUUUACCUUGUAAUUGUUGGAGCCCUAGAAACCUUGACAUGGCCUUUAAGAUCUACAGUCUGUUAUUUUACUAUAAAUUCCAAGAAUGAGAAUAUUAUCUGACUACUGUUCAAAAAGUUGUUAUGAUUUGCUUUAUAAACCACGCUUAAACGCAUAAUGAUAACUAAUGCAAAGGGCUAUUCUAACUAGGCGAUGUUGAUAGAAAUUUGUAAUUAUAUAAAAGCAACACUAAAGUUAACCUCUUCUUCGAAAACUAAAAUAAAAAAAAAACUUAAUCAAAAACCUAAAGAAAAUUAAUAUUUUUUUUUAUUUUAUAAUACAUUUCUGAUCAUUUAUUACAGGAUAAUCUUUUUUAUUGUAACUUAUUUUGAUUUCUAUGGAAGAUGGUCUAGGAAAACUAUUACUGGUACGCACAAUGACAGAAAAAUUUAAUGUUUUAAAAGUUGUAUUUAUGACUUGGGUAAGUCCCAAUUCCUUAUUUUUGCUCUUGGCGUUAAUCAUGGUUACAUCUUCACCGCUCUGGAAAUGAAGACCUUGAUUUUAUUGACCUAAAGUUCUGUUUACUACAUUAAAGACUAAGGCGUGUUUUACAUCAUUCCACUUUUGAUACCGGUUUUUUUUAUCUAUUUUAUGUCAGAAUACGCCUGAAUACGCCCUUGUUUAUUAUUAUUAUUUUACAGUGUGCAAUCAUCACGACAUAACCUUAGUGCCUUAAUGAUUGUUUUAUUAGUUAUGAAAAUUGAUUAUUUACAUGUAUAAGUGUAUUGAUCAAUAUUUUUUAAUGUAAUUAUUUAUGUUUUUCAAGUUGUUCAAAAUAUUUCAUGCACGAAUCAUGUACAAAUAUUUUAAAGAUGUUUUUGGGAAUAGAAACUAAAACAACUUUAUCAAAUAAACUUAUGGCGAUAAUUUACCUACUUUUUUAUCACAAAGCAACAUUUUUAAUUUUACAAAGAUAUUUCUCAAUUAUUUAUUAUGGUUCGAAUUUUGAUAUUAUUUUGAUAAGAUGUUAUUUUGCAGACGUUUAUUUUCAAACGUACUAUGUAAAUCUCAUAGUUUAAUGUAAAUAAAAUCUUUUUUAUACUUUUGUUGUUGGACAAUUGGAUCCUUUAUUAAGUUUCACGUUUCGUAGCUACUAGAUAACAAUAACGCAUUAUGAUCAAGAUUCAAGUUCAAGAUCGACACAGUUGGCAAAAAAAACCAGAUGUAAGCAAAAAUUUAGUAAAUUACUACUGACUUUUAAGUUGGUCCAAACUUGUAAUGUCACC